AUGAAGCUUAUUUUGCUGCUUCUCUGUGGGACAUGUCUUUUAUUAGCUCAAGAGAUUAAACCAAAACCUGAACUUUUGCCGGCAGAAGAAAGCGCCAGGGACUCCGAAAACGCUGACCCAUUCGUCGAAGGUCAGCCUUUCGAAAUCAACGAACCGAUGGAGGAGGCCGAAAAGACCAAAGCGUCAGAAGUCACCCCGAAAUCAGAGCCAGAACCAGCGCAAAAACCAAAAUCAGAGCCUGAGCCUGAGCCUCAACCUGAGCCAGAGCCAGAGCCGAAAGCAGAGCCUGAGCCUGAGCCAUCAUCAAAGAUCGUCAAAGAGCCUCCAACUCCCGAGCCGGAACCGGCAAUCAAAUUUGACAACAUCGACAGUGAGGAUUAUGGGGAUGUUGCUGAAUCGGUUCGUUUCAAUUUCUUUUUGAAUUCUGCAUGUAAUUUGUGAUUUUUCUAAUAUAAUAUUUUUGAAAAGACUUUUUGGGUUGAGAUUCUGGUUCUUAUCUAAUAAGUUUAGGAGAAUAAAAAAACGAUAAGUCGAGUUUUUGAACAAUUGAAAUUUUACAAACUUGGAACCAAACCGCGAUACGUUUAUAAUUUUUUUCAAAUUUUUUUCGAAAAAUAUUACUUCAAAAAAAAGAAGGUUUGAUAUUAAUUUUUAAAGUCUCCAACUAUUUUUUUGAAUUUUUCUCAAACUCUGAGACGUUUCAAAAUGAUUUCUGCUGACUCUAAAACGGCAAAGUAUCAUUGAAUUUCUUAUUCAUGACUUUUUGAAUUUUCCUUGUAUGUCAGUUGACUCCCAAGAGAUUAAUUCAUUUUUACUGAAAAACGUAAUCCUCAGCGUUCUCCAAGAAGCCUGUAAAAUGUUUGAUCUAGAUGUUCAGAACGUGCAACCCGAUGAGGUCAACACAGAAGUGAUCGAACAGCUUGUAAACCGCUUCUUGAACACUGGUUCCAUCGAGGUGAAAUCAAUCUACUCGAUGAGGCAUCUUCGUUUUUUUUCAGAACAACUCCACCGGUCCGAAAUACGCGAAUCCAGCCGCCCAAGCGCUCGUUGACAGCAGCGAAUACUGGAAAACAGACUCGUUGCAGGUAAAAAAAAAAACCGAACUGCGCUUUUUGGUUUUUGGCAAGCGUAGCAUAGCAUUGGCUUAUCGCGCACGUGAUCAAAGUACUAAAAAAAUAUAGAUUCAUAAAAAGUGUGUCAAUCCUGUCAAAGCGUCGAUUUGCUUAGGAAUCCGGUUCCAUUAAAGACGAAGCCAAGCUGCGAUCCUGGUUGUCGGGGUACGAGAGCGAGGCGAUAAAGGUAUACUGCUGUGAAGGGAAAAAUCAUAAGAAACCAAGUUUUUUUAGGUUUUGCGCGAGGUUGCCCUUUCUGGAUGGCGGUACUUCAACAACGCGUCGCCUCAUGCCAAAUUGGCCCUUGACGAGGCUGAAGAUGUGCGUUUCACAAUCCCGUCUCGAUAAAUAGAAAAACCAUUUUCAGUUAUUAAUGGUUUCCAUAGCUCUACCAAAAAUAAUUAAAUGUAGCUUUAGCUUAGAAUGGUUUAUGGGAAGAAAAAUGGAAAAAAAAAUGAAAAAAAGGAUAUACUUAAAAACAUAAAAAAAAGGUUUGCUCAUAGAAGUUUGGAAAAAAUGGCGAAUUUUUUAUUUUUUAAACUUUUUUUUGAAAACACUGAAUUCUCUCAGUUUUGGUUUUUUACAUUUUCAAGUCUUUUUCCAGUAUUUUAUAAAAAAAUCUAAAAAAAUUCGUAAAAAAACGAUUUUUAAGUUUUUUUAAGUUUUCCAAAAUCUAACACGCAAAUUCUCGGCGGUAUGCAUUUUUCAAUUUUUUUUUUCUCAUAAACUGCGCAUAAAAUAUUUGAUUUCGCUUUUUUUUUUCAGUACGCGGAAGAUCAACUGAGAUAAAUCGCCAACCAACAAAAACAACGACUUUCAGGUUCUGUCACGCUUUGUCCGUGCCACGUCCAAACAAGCCAAACAGUUCGACACGCAAGGGACCGACGACGUCGCCCUCAAGAGGCAACUGGCUUACGUCAGCUUCGAGGGAAUGUCGGCCUUGUCUUCCUCGCGCUUCGCCGAAUACGCACAAGCACAAUCGAUGGUUCGUUUGAAUCUGGAUGAGAAGCCCGCAGAUGGACUGAUAGAUGAUAAAAACAGAAUUGAUGUCAAAAAACCCGAUAGCUUCAAUUGGAAGCUAAACUUUCCAAAUCACUGAUUUUGACUAAAAUCCAAAUUUUUGAUUUAUGAGUCUUUAAGCCUUAGAACUGUUGUAAAAAGAAUAAGAGAAAUGAAAAUAAGCAAAAAUGAUUCUAGUUGAACCGCGUGGAGAAAGACACCACAGUUUGCGACAAAGGAGUUCCUCCGCCAUGUGCGCUCCAGUAAGUAUCGCUGUUUCCAUUUUUUUUUCUAGUUUCUUUCAUUUAGAAAAAUUGACAUGGAUUCUAUCUUCCGAAACGAAAAAGAUGCUAGCCGACUCUCGCAUCUUUGGGUUGAGUAUGUGACUGCCGUCGCCAAAUCCAAGCCUUCUUAUAACAAUCUCAUCAUCAUCUCUAAUGAAGGUGAGCUCUAAGAAGUUUUCAACGGAAGAGGAUAAUUUUGAGAUCAGAAUACUUUAUUUUCAAACAUUCAGUUUACUCGUUAACAAUUUCAGGAGCCAAGAUAAACGGUUUCGCUGAUGGAGGAGCCAUGUGGAGAAGCGCUUUCGACAUGUCGUCGCCCACUUCUCCGCCUUCCAUCGACAUCAAGAAACAACUUGAUGACAUUUACGAAACCAUCAAGCCGUUCUACCAACUCGUAAGUAGAUUUCAACAGGUCCCAUCUGAAUCCUCUUUCAGUUGCACGCUUACAUCCGAAGACAACUCGCUGGAAUUUAUUCAAAUCCCGCUGGUUUGAGCAAAGAUGGACCUAUCCCAGCUCACCUCUUCGGUAUUCGAAGUCUCCAACAAUCUUGCCUUCAUUUUUUUCUUCUCAGGUUCUCUCGAAGGAGGUGACUGGUCAGCUCAUUACGAGCAGACGAAACCUUUUGAAGAAGAGUCUGAGCUCCCAGAAACCAUGCUUUCUGCGUUCCACGAGCAGAACUACACUUCUAAGCGGAUGUUCAUCAAUGUUUGUAUUCUUCCAGUUUCAGAUCUAAUUCCUGCGCACUUUCAGGCCUACCGUUAUUUAAAAUCAGCUGGUUUCCCAAGUCUGCCCAAGACUUUCUGGACUCAAUCGAUCUUUUCGCGAGUUUGGAGCAAAGAUAUGAUCUGCCAUCCGCCAGCAGCUUUGGAUAUGCGUGACCCCAGCGAUUUCCGGUACAAAACGUUUAAUUUACUUAUCAGAUUUUUGUUCAGCGUCAAAGCGUGUGCUCAGCUCGGUGAGCCGGACUACGAGUUGGCUCAUUCUUUAAUGAUCCAGACUUACUAUCAAUUCAUGUAUCGCAACCAGAACCUUCUUUUCCGGUUGACUAAGAAUUUUUCCUUUUCAACUAAUGUUUCCGUUGCAGCGAAGCCGCUUCUCCAGUCCUUGUUGAUGCUAUUUCCGAAGCGGUCGCGCAUUUGAGCACAAACCCACAUUAUCUCUACUCACAGGUCUUUUUUUUCUGGAAAUUAGCAAAAUUACAAUUAGUUUUGCAGAAAUUAGUAAAAGCGGACUAUCUGGAAAUCAAAGACUCUGCCAAUGUCAACAAGCUUUACAAGUUACUUUUUCUGUUCUUCUCAGAAUAUUCAAAUUUUCAGAGAAUCUCUGGAAAAAUUCUCAAAGCUUCCAUUCUCGCUCUCAUGCGAUACCUGGCGAUACGAACUUUUUGAAGGCAAAGUUCCAAAUCCUAAAAUGAAUGAUCGCUGGUGGCAGAUAAGGUAACAAAGCUCUGCAGGCACGCCAAAUGUCAAUUUUUUCAAGAAAUCAAUAUGAAGGGGUUCGUGCUCCUCAACCUUACAACAGCUCCAAUUUGGACGCUCUUAUCCACAAUUCUAUUGCACAGGUUUCAACUCUGACACCAUCAGAAAGAAAUAAAAUGUUUUCAGGUCAACUCUCCUGCUACGAAAACCUUGAUCAGCUACGUCCUCAAGUUCCAAAUAUUGAAAGCUCUUUGUCCCGAAGGAACUAUUUUGGUAUAUUGUCCUCUAAAGUUCUAUUUUUCCUUUUUUGUAGUCGGAAGGAUGCAUUCUUUCCGAAGAUACGACGGAAAAACUCCGAGAGACAAUGAAGCAAGGAUCUUCCAUAAGUUGGCUCAAGGCUCUGGAAAUGAUCACUGGCAAAGGUUUCAAAGCUCGGGAAAUUGUGAACUAUUUUUGAAACUCUAGGUGAACUUGACGCCAAGCCAUUGUUGGAAUACUACGAGCCCCUUAUCGAUUGGUUGAGAAAUACAAAUGAAAUUGACCAGGUCGUCGUUGGGUGGGACGGAGAAGGAGCACCUUUUACCUCGUGAGUGGAUUGACAGAAAUUUGGAAAAAAAAUUGAAAAUUAUAGAGAAGAGAUCCCGAAGCCUAGAUCUUCAAUGAACGGAGGAAGUGGAUUCCUCAGUGAAGAUCGAGUUGCCUAUCCAGGUUUGACCAGUCAGUUGAUGUUUAUAAGCAAUUUUUCUAGGCGGAGACUGCGCCAAUGGGCAAGAAUGUCUAUUGGACUCUCAUUGCAACGGCACCAAGUGCGUUUGCAAUGACGGACUCUACACUCUCGAAAUUGGAAAUACUUUCAACUGUGUGCCAGGAAACCCAGCCGAGAGUGGCUUUGGAGACGGAAAGGUUUGAUUAUGGCGAGGAAACGUUUUUUUUUAAUUCUUGUUUUGAUUGAGUUUCUUGACGCGUACUUAAAUGCGCUCAAUAUUUUAUGAAGGUCUCAAAACAAGAUUCUAAACUGUUCCUUCAUCAAAAGAAUAUCAUUUUUUUUUUUUUUUGAUAUUUUUUAAGUCAGAAAUUUUCUUGGUGUAAUAAACUCUUUAUGAGUUUUCAGGGAGGAUUGGUUAUCGGGUUGUUCAAAAAUGAAGCCGCUGGCAACGAAGAUGAAGCUACAAAGGCAGAACCAGAACCUGAACCAGAACCAAAACCGAAAGCAACCACUCAAAGGCCAAUAGUCCGGUCUGCAUCAACUCUGUACAGUUCUUCUGUAUUUGUGUCUUUCUUUGUAACCUACAUCUUGUCACGAUUCUUCUGA